ACACAUUGACAGGGUUCUGUAACGUGUACAAGAGGAGUUACACACAAAACCACGAUGGUAAACGAGGUUGUGAUUGUUUCUGCGGCUAGGACUCCAGUUGGAUCAUUCAUUGGAGCCUUCUCAACAGUCCCAGCUCAUGACCUGGGGGCAGUUGCUGUGAAAGAGGCUCUAAAUAGAGCAAAGGUCAAACCAGAAGAUGUCUCAGAGGUUAUCAUGGGUCAGGUGUUAACAGGAGGCCAGGGUCAAAACCCCGCCCGUCAGGCCAGUAUGAAGGCUGGAAUCCCCCAUGAUGUACCUGCCUGUGGUGUUAACAUGCUGUGUGGGUCAGGUCUCAGGGCAGUCGUCCAGGGUUACCAGGCUAUCAGUCUGGGAGAUUCCAAAAUUGUGGUUGCUGGUGGUCAGGAAAAUAUGAGCAUGGCACCUCACUGUGCUAACUUGCGACCAGGUGUGAAAAUGGGAGAUCAAACUUUUAUCGACACAAUGAUGAUAGAUGGCCUCACAGAUGCCUUCAACAGUUACCAUAUGGGCAUUACAGCUGAAAAUGUAGCCAAACAGUGGGGUAUUUCCCGUGAGGCUCAGGAUGAAUUUUCUCUUCAGUCCCAACUCAAGUGUGAAGAAGCUCAGAAAAAUGGCUGGUUUGACAAAGAACUAGUCACAGUCAAUGUACCAGUCAGAGGAGGAUCAAAGGAAGUGAACAAGGAUGAGUACCCCAGGUCAGGAUGUACAUUAGAAGGUUUACAGAAGUUACGGUCGUGUUUUAUCAAAGACAAAACGGGCACCGUCACCGCUGGAAAUGCUUCAGGUAUCAAUGAUGGCGCUGCAGCCUGUGUAUUAAUGAGCAAAGAUGAGGCCGCUCAAAGAGGAGUUGCUCCCCUUGCUAGGAUUGUAUCAUGGGCUCAGGCUGGUGUAGACCCAGCAGUCAUGGGCACAGGACCAAUUCCUGCCACUAAGAAAGCACUGGAGAAGGCUGGUUGGUCAAUAGGAGAUGUGGAUCUGUUUGAGUUUAAUGAGGCUUUUGCAGCGCAGUCUCUCGCUGUUGUCAAAGAUUUGGGUGCAGAUCCAAAGAAGGUGAACGUGAAUGGAGGAGCUAUAGCCCUGGGUCACCCAAUUGGAGCAUCAGGAGCCAGGAUCCUCGUUACACUGUUGUACGCUCUGGCGAGGACAGGUGGCAAAAAGGGCGUGGCAGCUUUGUGUGUGGGUGGGGGCAUGGGCAUUGCUGUGUGUGUAGAGCAUUUGUAAACAAAAGAUUGUAAUCACCACCAUCAUUCCAGCUCACACAUUUUAUAAAUUUUAAUCAUAGCAAAUAUCCUGGUUCAUUGCUAUUUAUUGAAAGGCCUCGAAACAACAUCAUUUUGUAUAUAAAAUUACAAGCAUAUUUAUUUUCACCAUUUGUUCUGGUUUUAAUAUGAAGAUGUGACCAAUUUACAACACUUGUAAUAAUAACUAUUGGAGUGUUUGCCAUGAGAAAAUUGCUGGCAAAGAGUCUUGCACUCUCUUUCUUGUCAUUUUAGUCAAAGAGCAGCCAAGUAAAUCAAACUUUUAAUAUGGUGAUAUAUAAAAAAACCUGCUGUAUUUCACACAUGGUGACGGCAACCAGAACUGGUUUCUGUUCUGUGUUAUACUCAACUACUUGCACAAGAUAUCAGCUGGUUUGAUUGUAAAUCUUAACUUUGUUACCAUUUAUAUUGUUCUUUAGGUGACUUGAGCAUUGGGGAUAUACAGUAUUCCAUUGUUUGUAUAUCGUCUUGGAAAUGUCUAAAAAAAUGUCAACUUAUUGUUUUUUUUUGUACCAGCUAUGCAUACGUAUAUACAUGUAUACAGUUCAUGUCUUAGCAUGAAUCAUGUGUGAAUCGAGAUCAGAAAAUAAACAUGCGAAAC